AUGACUCGACUUAACUUUGUGGCUUUGUUGCUGUCGCUGGUGUCGAUAGUUCUAGCAGUUGACACUCAGUAUGACGCCAAGUAUGUCAAUUCAUUGAAAGAUUCCAGUGGUAUUGUCCGACUGACGGAUGCUACAUUUUCCAGAGUUGUAGAGGGUCCUAGAGAUUAUACGGUAGCAGUGCUAUUAACAGCCGACUCUCCUAAAUACGGAUGUCAAUUCUGUAAGAUUGUGGGACCUCCUUUUGAGACAAUUGCUUCCAGUUGGAAACAAGACCAUCCUAACGGAGAUGGUUUGUUCUUUGCAGUGGCCGAUAUUGCAGACACUCAAGGUAGUUUUAUGCAAUUGGGCUUGACCCAUGCCCCCAAUCUUUAUAUAUAUCCACCUACCGAAAAACCCAGUACAGUGGAUGUUGGAUUUGAUCAUUAUCAAUUCGUUCCCAAUGAGAGUCAGGUCAAACUCAUCACCGAAUACCUUACCAGAACCUACGGCUUCAAGAUUGUCAUCCACGAGCCAUUUGCCUGGGACAGACUAUUUAUCACUAUCGGUGGAAUUGUUCUUGUUUUGGGUAUUCUUAAGUUUGCCUCAGGAGUCAUUCUCAGCAUUUUGCAGAAAAAGCAGCUCUGGAUUGCGGUUUCUCUUGUAGCCAUUCUCAUGUUCACUUCAGGCCACAUGUUCAACCAGAUCCGAAAAACUCCAUAUAUUGCAGGCGAUGGUCGUGGUGGAGUGAUUUACUUUGUUGGAGGACAUUCGAACCAAGUUGCCAUUGAGACUCAAUUCAUUGCCGUGACAUAUGCUAUUCUGGCAUUCGCCACCAUCUCACUUAUUGUGAAGGUACCACGCAUUGAGAACCCACAAGUUCAGAUGUUUUCAGUGUCGUGUCUGUCUGUAGUAAUUAUCCUUGCAUUCAGCUUCCUGUUAUCCAAGUUCCAGGUCAAGAAUGGAGGUUACCCAUUUGGCAUUCUGGAUAUAUUCUGA